CUGUCAGCCUGUUAGCAGUUAUUGUCAGCUUCUGCGGCCUGGCCUUGCUGGUUGUCUCACUUUUUGUCUUCUGGAAGUUGUGCUGGCCAUGCUGGAAGAGCAAACUUGUGGCUCCCCAUGUCAGUCCCCUUCCACAAAGCAUGUCAAGUGCUCCAACUGAAGUUUUUGAUACUGAAGAGAAGAAAGAAGUUGAAGAAAAUGGAAAAGCGGCACCCAAAACUAUUGAGCCCGCAAUAAAAAUCAGCCACACUUCCCCCGAUAUCCCCACAGAAGUACAAACUGCUUUAAAAGAACACUUAAUCAAACAUGCUCGUGUGCAAAGACAAACCACUGAGCCUACGUCUUCAUCCCGCCACAAUUCCUUCAGGAGACAUCUACCAAGACAAAUGAAUGUUUCCAGUGUUGAUUUUAGCAUGGGCACUGAACCUGUCUUACAAAGAGGAGAAACUACAACCAGCAUUGGGCGGAUAAAGCCAGAGCUCUACAAGCAGAAGUCAGUUGACUCCGAGGGUAACAGAGAAGAUGAUGUCAAAAUCUGUGGGAAGCUUCACUUUACCCUGCAGUAUGAUUAUGAAAAUGAACUUCUAGUUAUUAAAAUCAUCAAAGCCUUAGAUCUCCCUGCUAAAGAUUUCACAGGAACUUCUGAUCCUUACGUCAAGAUGUAUCUUCUUCCAGACAGGAAAAAGAAAUUUCAGACGCGUGUACACAGGAAGACUCUGAAUCCGCUAUUUGACGAAACAUUUCAGUUUCCAGUAGCAUACGACCAACUAAGCAACCGGAAACUACAUUUCAGUGUAUAUGAUUUUGACAGGUUUUCUAGACAUGACAUGAUUGGGGAAGUGAUUCUUGAUAAUUUGUUUGAAGUCUCUGAUCUCUCCAGAGAAGCCACGGUGUGGAAAGACAUUCAUUGCGCAACCACAGAAAGUAUAGACCUAGGUGAAAUCAUGUUUUCCCUUUGCUAUCUGCCGACUGCUGGACGUAUGACUUUGACAGUGAUCAAAUGCAGAAAUCUUAAGGCAAUGGACAUCACUGGCUCAUCAGAUCCUUAUGUCAAAGUGUCUUUGAUGUGUGAGGGUCGAAGAUUAAAAAAACGGAAAACAACUACAAAGAAAAACACUCUCAACCCAGUGUACAAUGAGGCCAUCAUUUUCGACAUCCCCCCAGAGAACGUAGACCAGGUCAGCCUGUGCAUCGCUGUCAUGGAUUAUGACAGGGUGGGACACAAUGAGGUCAUAGGGGUGUGCAGAACAGGACUAGAUGCUGAAGGUCUUGGGCGAGACCACUGGAAUGAAAUGCUGGCCUAUCACCGAAAACCAAUCACGCACUGGCACCCUUUACUUGAGUUACCUGGCCGGGCAACCAGUUUUGAUAGUCAAGGAUCCUGUUCUUCUCCCAAACCACCAUCCACACCAUAAUGCCUCCAACAACACCCUGUCAUAAAAAGGACCUAGAAUCAUGUGCUCACUGGAUCAGAGAAAAAUGAAAAAUAUUGAACCUUUGAUUUCUUCCUUUAAAAUAUAUCUAUACUCAAU